AUGUUAACACUAUCGGUCGCACCCCCUACCCGACACUUCAUUGCGGCGCUGCAAAUGUUGCCUGAAUUCUUCAACUUCUUUCACUCCGAUGAUACUCACCAUUCAAGAAUUCCCCUCGACUUAUUGUGCAUUAUUAUGGACCGUAUGGAACUCCGUGGUUUUUCUUCAAUGUACUUUGCUAUUUUUCAAUCAUUAAGCAAUGUCCUACUCACAUUUCAAGAAGGUCACGAGCCGAAUGUGAUGCGCGAAUUGGAUUUGUUGCCUUUGGAAGUGGAGAACAUAGAGCAAAUUGAUUAUGGAACCUUUGUGUCAAUUGAUUCCCACGACUUUAGACGUGUUCUUUUUGAAUUAAAUGCUUAUUCCGUUCAUGUUUCUGUAACGGAUUCACGAGUCAAGUUCAGUACUACAAGUGAGGAGAUUGUUUUUACUAAAGAUGAAAGACGGUCAAUAAUUGGAGGUCUUAGGGAAGGAGAGGAAGUUAAAUUUUUAAUCACUCUCUAUCCGUGGGUGUUUUUUCAUGAUUUGAGCUACGAAGCAAAACGGGCGUGGUUCUUCAUGUCAAAUGAUUUCUCCACUGUUAUUAUUCAUUUCUUCGGCAUUUAUUCUCAGUAUUGGGUCUAUUUUCCUUAG